GUGAGGGGGUUGAAUAUAAAGAAAUUGUCAUCAUUUAGGAAUUUAAUAAAAUCAUAUAUUAUAUCUUCUUUUGAAAUAAUAAAGGUUGACUUUUUCUUCGUUGACAAAGUGCAAGUAUUAUUCGGGACUGAAUCUAUUUGGCCAGUGAGCAACCUAUAUGGCCAUACUCUUUUAAGGCUUUAUCUCUUUUAUUUUUUUCCAUCCUUUAUAUGGCCUUUACUAUCUUCAUCAUAAAUUAACAACCAACACUUCUCUGAAUAAGCUAAAGGUCAUUUAUGCUUUUUCACCUUAGUUGAAGAAUUCUCACAAAAGGUAUAUAUGAACAAUCCAACUAGGAUGAAAAUGAGAUCGAUGCUCAAUUUAGCUUAUGAUAGAGGUUGACACACACAGCCAAUGAUCCUUUUCUUUAAUUGUUUUCCUCCUCUUUCGCUCUUCGUGUUCUAUUGAUCAGAAGUAUCCAGCAACGCCACACCAGUAUAAAAAGAGUCUUGUUGUUGGUGACUCUGUGCGUAGUUUUGAGUGUGCAAAGAAUUUUUUGGAUUAGUUGUUUGUUUUAUUGAGGGAAUGAAUAUUAGUGAAAUGGGAAAGGGAGAAAAAAAGAAAUCUAACACUUCUUCUAAUUUACUUAAGAAGUUGGAGAAAUAUCUAUCAAUGAAGAAAGUAAGUGGGGUAAUUUUGUCCAAGAGUAAAUCAUGGCAUGGGAGAAGCACAACUACAAUAGCUCCAGAAGGGUGUUUUUGGGUUUAUGUUGGGCCAAAUAAAGAGAGAUUUGUGGUUAAGACAAAGUAUGCAAACCAUCCAUUGUUCAAGAUGUUGCUUGAAGAUGCUGAAAAAGAGUAUGGUUAUAGUUAUAGCCAAGGCCCAAUUUUGUUACCUUGUGAUGUUGAUAUCUUCUAUAAAGUGUUGGCUGAAAUGGUCAAUAACAAAGAGAUUGAUGAUUCUGUAGUGUGUGGAUCAUGUAGUCCAUUAUUUAGCCCUAGUAGGCGUUUGGGUAAUAGCCAAAUGGCCAAGGGUUAUGGUUCUUAUAAGAGUCUCACUCCACCAAGAUUGUUCAAACGCCUCAACUCUUUCAAUUGCGCGUGACAAGUAUGUUAAUAGAUAAAAGAUCAUGGUUCAAUUUCAGCAGAGACAAACAAAAUACUAGUUAUGGAGUUAAAAAAAAGUAUGUUGAUAGCAAUAUUUACCUAAUUAGAUGUCUUUUAACUCUAUUUUUAUGUUUCUCUUCUAAGAAUGUGGAGUUUGUAGAUUGCACUUAUAUUUGUGAGAUUCACCCAAGGUGAAAUACAUCGGGAGGUGGACGUAUGUGUCUGCAAGUAGGUUCAGUCGAAUUCAGCUUUGUCUAAAAAAUUUAUAGUACUAAAGAAAGAAAUUACCAACUUGUGCUCUUAACUAUCUCGAGUUUCAUACUUUAA